AUGGUAAUGGAGUCUGCACAGCCCAAUGGGCGAUUCUGGCCGUUAUCUCCGCGGUUAUGGCGUCGUAGCAACGAAUAUUCAAAAGUCGUUUUUGAACCGAGACGACCACCGACAUCGCCGAUCGAAAUACGAAAGCAUGAUAGAAUAGAUGAGACCCCAGAUUUGUUACGAUCUAGAAGUUUUAUUAAAGAUAACCUAGAUCAUUUGAAUCUGGAAGACGAGAUAGAGCUAAGAAGAAGCCUAGACGAUAAGUGCAGAUGGAGCGUAGAUUCUAAGAAGCCACCAGUUAAAGAAACUAAGAAAGAUGAGGUUGUGAAAUUGAGAGCGAAGAAGAGGCAGAGAGAGCCGAGACCGAACAGUCUCCAACUUCUACUUUGUCCGUCGAAUUCAGGACAUUACAGCAGUAACACAUGGCGGUACACCAGGGUUCGAUCAAAAAGCCAUGAGCCCGAGGGCGGCGGCCGGUGCGAGGGGCCGCUAGCGCGCGCCAUGCAGCCCGCCCCGCAGGGCGGCUCGCCCAAGCGACACGCGACGCCGGCGUCUGGUCACGGAGCGGCAACAGACCCAUCAACGUUGAAGGUCCACCUUCCAAACGGUGGGUUCAACGUUGUUAGGGCGUCUCCAGACGAGGAUGUCCGGUCUGUUCUACGAUGUCUCGCUGCCAGGUUAGCGGCGGGCGAACGGGUAUACGCCUCGUGCUACGCGCUCAGGGCAAGGAGACUGACCACUGGCAAAAUCCGAUGGAUACACCAAGACACGCCGGUGUCAGAGCUGAUAACAAAAUGGCCAGCCAGCGAGUGGCGUCUAGAGCUACGUGUUCGGUACCUGCCCGCGAAUCUUCGAGACCUCUGCGACUCGGACCGCGUCACUUUCCACUACUACUACGAUCAGGUUCGACAUGACUACCUGCACGCCAAUCAUCCCAUGGUGGACCAGGAUUUGGCGAUACAGAUAUGUUGUUUAGAAAUAAAAUAUUUCUGCAAGGACAUGCAGAUCUCUCUCGAUAAGAAGUCCAAUAUAGAGUACCUGGAGAAAGAGUUCGGUUUGCACAAGUUCCUGCCGAAGUCCGUACUGGAAGCUAUCAAACCGAAAGUUCUAAAAAAGGCCAUACAACAACAGUUUAAAAAGGUCGCCAAUCUGAGCGACACGGACUGCAUGCUGAAGUACCUGGAGACGAUGCACACGCACUACGGCUACGACCGCGAGACCUUCACCGGCGCGCUCGGCUCCGGCUGGGCCAUCCCCGUCGAGCUGGCCAUCGGGCCCGACAUCGAUAUAUCGUACGUGUCGCACAAGGCCGGCGAGCCCCCCACCUACACUAAGAUAGCGUCCUUCAGUGACAUCGUAGCGGUACAGACUCUCAAGUCUAAUUGCACGCAACAGUCGCAGACACAGACGAACUCAUCUUGCGGUAAAGCAGCGCUACAGUUGAGAGUGAAGGGUGCCACGGAGACGUUAACUAUUACUUGCAGCAGUGUUGAGGCUGCAGAAAGUUUAGCAGAUUUAGUAGACGGCUAUUGUAGAUUAGUGACAGAUUCGCAAACCUCGCUUUGGAAUAGAACGACAACUGUAUGGAAAUCGCUCAGCUGUCAAUGUAAAACGGAGAUGAGCAGCAGCUCGUCGGAGGGCAAGGCCAGCUCGUGGGAGGCGCACUCCGCCACGCUGCUGUCCGAGGACUACGCCGAGAUCGUGGACGACGACGCCGACUACUCCACGCCUCAGGUUCGUGACUACGAAUUGGUUCGUAAUCAAAUCGAACUGAUCAGCAUCAUCGGAGAGGGGCAGUUUGGUGACGUUCAUAAAGGCACGUGCCGCGUGUCGUCGGCCACGCACCCGUCGCUGCGGCGCCAGCUGGCGGCGCGGCGCGCGGACGGCGCGGACGCGCUGCCCGUGGCCGUCAAGACCUGCAAGCUGGACGCCGACCUCGACACCGCCGAGAAGUUCCUCGAGGAGGCCUACAUAAUGCAGCAAUUCUCCCACCCACACAUCAUCGGGCUGGUGGGCGUGUGUAGCACACCUCCCAUCUGGAUCGUCAUGGAGCUCGCCACCUUAGGGGAGAUGAGGGCGUACUUGCAGCAGAAUGCUCAUAGGUUAGAGACAUGCACCCUGGUUCUCUACAUCUACCAGUUAUCAACAGCGCUAAGUUAUUUGGAGAGCAAGAAGUUCGUGCACAGAGAUAUAGCGGCUAGAAAUGUUCUUGUUUCGACGCCUACAUGUGUUAAGCUGGCGGAUUUCGGACUUUCGAAAAUGGUUGAGGACAAGUCGUAUUACAAAGCGUCGAGAGGAAAGUUGCCUAUCAAGUGGAUGGCUCCCGAGUCCAUCAACUUCAGACGGUUCACGUCCGCGUCAGAUGUUUGGAUGUUUGGCGUCUGCAUGUGGGAAAUCUUGAUGCUCGGAGUGAAGCCAUUCAGCGGUGUCAAGAACAACGAUGUGAUAGGAAAACUUGAAAACGGUGAAAGAUUGGCGCUUCCACCGCGCUGUCCCCCCAGGCUGUAUUCAGUCAUGUCUCGCUGCUGGGCCUACGAACCCUCACAGAGGCCUACCGCUCACCAACUUAAGGAAACACUUUUCGAGAUCCUGCAAGAAGAACGUAACACGGCGUGGGACACCAUGCGGCGCGAGAACCGGCGCGUGGCCGCCGCCUCCUGGGGCGACGAGCCUCCGCCCAAGCCGUCGCGCCCCAGCACCAACCUCGCCGGCGGUAGGCCUCCGACUGCGGGCGGCGGCCCGCAGACGUACAUCGUGGCGCAGAGCCCGCAGGUGCUGGCGCAGCUGCUGCGCGACAACCCGCGCGCCGACCCGCACGCCUACACCACGCCCGCCUCGGUAUUCAACACGCUCGCCGUCGACUUCGCCCCGGCCGACCCCGCCGCCCCCGAGCCGCCCCUGCACACGCGCCCCAUCCCCGCCACGCGCCUGCACCGCCUCGACCCGCCCGCGCCCGCGCUGCUCGGCCGCGUGGCGGCGCGCGAGAGCGUGGACAACCUGAGCGCCCCUCCCGCCCCGGCCUCCCCUCCCGCGCCCUCCCCGCCGCCCGCCGAGCCGCCCGAGCCGUGCCCGAGCCGCGUGCGCUCGCUGGAGCGCGCCCCGAGCGCGCCCGAGAGGGGCCCCGCGCGAGUGGGCUCGCUGGAGCGCGCCCCGCGCGUGGGCUCGCUCGAGCGCGCCCCGCGGGCCGGCGAGCGGGGCGCGCCGCGCGCCGGCUCGCUGGAGCGGGCGCGCCAGCUGGCCGGGCGCCCGGAGCCCGACGUGGGCCAGUUCGCCGUGCAGGGCGCCCUCAACGCGCAGCUGGCCGCCAGCGUGGUCAACAAGAUGCGGCUGCAGCCCGAGCCGCCGCUGGUCGAGGAGAUCUACGACUUCGGCGGCGACCACGUCAAGAGCUGCGCCGCCAUCGCCGCGCAGAGGGCGCUGGGCGGGCGCGCCCCGGCGCUCCGCCCCGCCCGCCCCGCGCGCCCCGCCCUGGCCCCGGAGUUCGACACGGAGCAAGCGGUGGAGAGGAGACUGCUGGCAGAGCUGGCGAGACAGCAGCACCAGAGCGAGGAGGACCGGCGCUGGCUUCAGAUGCAGGAGGACAACCUGAAACGUCUCUCAAACGUUCAGCUGGUGCCUCCGGUGACAGAAGUCGAGAAGUCGGAGGCUGCGCACGCGAGCGCUCAAGAAACAAAGUCUACUAGUCAACCACAUUCCGCUACAAAUUCGUCAGAGACAAGUCCGGCGAACACCGUUAAAUCCAAAGAAAAUAGAACACCUAGUGAAGAUAAGGGCGGGGGAGCGGCGCCGGAGCCCGUGUACGCGUGCACGACGGAGGUGGUGCGGCGCGUGAUGCGGCUGGCGGGCGCGGCCACGGCGCACGGCCCGCAGCCCGCCGCGCUGCUGGACGCCGUGCGCGCGGUGGGCGGCGCUCUGAGGGAGCUGUGCGCCACCGUCGACGACCUGGUGGCGCUGUACCCGCCGCCCGCGCAGCGUGAGGUGGAGAUGGCGCACCAGGUGCUCAGCAAGGACAUGGCGGCGCUGGUGGAGGCCAUGCGCCUCGCCAUACACUACUGCCGGACCACGCUACACCACGAUUAUACCAAGAGCAUGCUGGCCGCCGCCCACGUGCUAGCCAUGGACGCCAAGAACCUCCUCGACGUAGUGGACUGCAUCCGAGAGAGACACCCUGACGUCGACUGGCGCUCCGGGCUCGCCCCGGAGCCGCCCCGAGCGCGCGCGCCCCACUGCCCCAGCCUCGCCCCGGAGCCGCCCCGGGGUCACGCGCCCCCCUGCGCCGACCUCGCGCCCCAGAACCCGCCGACGUCCCCCGCCUCGGAUGAACCACGUCCCGAAUUCCGCAUCAAUCAGCCCGUCACCGCCCCAGAGUCUUUCGAGGCGCCCCGGGAACCGCCCCGGGAACACAGCAGCCUACCCAAUCGCGUGUCGACUCUCAUACAUAACUACAAUUUGUAUGGUAACGUUCGCGAGGAACACGUGUAUGGGAACGAGGAGAGCAAAGGCGAGCCAGGGGAGUCGGUGAGGAGCCGUGUACAAGCGCUGACAGGCAAAUUGCUCGAGCAAGGCGUGCAAAACGUGCAAACCGUGCAAGCUGUGCAAGCCGACCAGGGCUGAGUGAGAGGCGUUUUUAGUUCGCUUGUAGUGCCAGUUUUGUUGAAGGUGGGCCCGGAGUUCUGAAGCUUUACUGUUGCGAGGCUAUGACGCAUAGUGACUAGUACUUACAGUUAAUCGAUGGGUUUACUUUAUACUGAAGUAUACAAUGCCGCUUUUUUUUUAAAUUAAAUUUAGAAGCUUCGAAAAGACAUUCUCGAUUGCUCAAUGUUUUAGCGAAUGUUGUGGAUUUUAUUGUUGAGCCAAAAUUUACUCUUCGACUAUACGUCUAUUUACUGUUAUUAACAUUUCGUUUAUUGGACAUUCGGAGUUUAUGUGAUUUAAAUGUUUUUAAAUAAAUAUUAUCGACCCGUA